GAUACAGAUUCUGAACUUCUGAAAGACAAGGAAGUGAGUGAAAGAGACAACAAGAACCAUUCAUCUCCUAGUCUAAGCCAGAUUGAAUCAUCAUCUGCGAGUAUUCUUCAAAAUGAGCUUUCUGUUCCAACAACAGAUACUGGCUCAAGAGACAAUAAAUAUGAGAAAUAUCUGUCCAAUGUGUCUACAGAGUCCUGUGAGAGGGAUCAGGUGCACUCAGUACAAGAUUGUUUUAUGGUGGAUAGUAACAUGGAAGAGCAACUGUCAUCUCACUUUCCCCAUGGGAACACUGAGGAGGAAAUGGAGAUCACAUUCCAACCCUCUGUGUAUGGGGAAAUUGGAGACAAAGAUAUUAAUUCCUUUCCUAAUGAAGGUGUUUUGUUGUUGUUGUUGUUUUUUUUUUUUACAUGUUAUAACAUAAAUUCUUUUUGAAUUUGUGAAUAAUAGAUGUUACACUAAACCCUUUAGCUCCCAAGAUCUGAUUGUUAAUUCUCCCCUCUAGCUGCUAUGCAUUUCCUUGUAAGUUAGUUAUGAGAACUUAGUGCUAGAUCAAGAUAGCAGCUUCUACCCGAUAAGUUUGAAUAAUCUCAUUACCUGUCUACCGAAGAAUGUAUGGAUACUAUUGGGAGAAGUUUUAUGUUAAUCACUUCUGGGAGUUAAAUGGUUAAUUUUGUUAUUGAGUAUUGAUAUGUAUAACAAACAGGAAGGAUGGAUGAGAAUCUAUUUUUGCUGGAAUAUUAUUUCUAAGAUGAUGGCAUAUGAGUCAAUAGUAAAAGAAGACUGAAAAAUUACAAUCAAACUUAGUCAAAAAUGUCAUUCGUAAUUUUACUAUUCCAUUAUUUGGUUAAUGAAUGAAUCAUUCAGUGGGAAGUACACAGGUAGUACAAGCUGACUUUUCAAUUAGAAGUUUUAAACCUGUGAUUAGAAGUUGUUAGGUGCACAUGCUAUGCUCUAAUGUUUUCAUUGGGUAGUUUCAAUGAUCUCCAUGCAUCACUGAAAAAAUAUUUGACGGUAUGAAAUAUUAUUGACAAUCCAUUUUUAUAUAAUCAAUCUCUCUCACCUCUAAAAAUCAUGUUCUUAGUUCUCAAGGUUUAUUCCUAAAGUUUUUUUGAUUUAUACAACAGUUUGAUUCUCCUUCAUGUAGGUGGAGUAAAUCACUUGGAAGAAGGACAGCUUCACCAUGACAGAAUCAAGUCAGAUUAUAACCUGAUCAGUGUUGAUGACAGAGUUGUUCCUCUAGCAUUGGAUCCAUUAGGUUCACCUAACACUGAGUCUGAUCUUGUUCAGUGCUCAUCAACAGCAUUACAGAGUGAUAAUCAACAACUUGAUGCUGAAGAGGCAUCUUCUUCAUUAAAUACAUGUAGGCAAACAGCUUUUUAAAUUUGUUUAUGUUUGUUCUCACUGAAUCCAAUUUCAGCUACUUGAAAAAAAUCAUUCAUAUAUCUGCAUAGUCCUUCUUGUUUUAAUUGUUAAUCAAAGGGGUGGAGAUGCUCUCAAGCCAGUUCUGAUCAGCAGAAUUUUGGUGUGUCAACAUCUGGCUCAUAAAGGAUAUUUAUUGAAAAGAUCUGGGUUGAAUAUUUUCCUAUGGUCAAUGUGUUGUGUUCUUGUGCAAGAUACUUUUUUCACUCUCAAGGUGCAUCUCUCCACCCAGGAGUAUGAGUGGGUGCAAGAAAUUGAUGACUGUUUAGGGAACUUAACAAACUGCCUGACAUCUUUCCAAGAGGAGCAAAUCCACAUAUUACUGUAAUACCCCAUCUCUUAAAGUUCCACAGCCAUUGUGAAAUUGCAUCAUUAAUUUUGUAGUUUGCAACAGCUCACACUUGCCCCUUUCUGCAAAUGACUUGAUUUUAACGGUGGGGUGAAGAUUGGUUUCUGCUCUCUGGGCUGCCAAAUAGGAGACCGGUACCCUCUGUUUGAGUUGUGUCAAGUUCCCUACUGAUACCUUACCACAGAGCAUCAUUUUUGUGAUGAAAUAAAUCAGUGGAAUAGGAGGCCUUGCUAGGUUAGGAUGGUACAGUUACAAUCUGUAAAUUUAUGCAUAAUCAUAAACUGACCAUAGGGUUUUUCCUUUUUUUUUCAUAGCAGUGCAGAACUCUGAUAUAGGCAAAGAAUCCCAUGAUAUUGCCUUAAAGGAAGCACAACAUGAAAACCAAGAUCAACCAACCUCUGAAGUUCCCUUAGAGAAUGCUACCUUACUGCAAGAACAAAAUAAAAAUAACCUGAGGGAGAUCACAAUUCAAGUUUACCCAGGACAUAACUCUACUAUAUCUCUAGUGAACAAUGCAAUCCUCACCACUGAUGUUGGUACCUUUUCAACACAUGUGCCUGCAAUCCUAACAGAAGGUGAUGCUGAAGAUAGUGAAACCCAUUAUCAAGUUGUUACGACCAGUUCUGCAAUGCUUAACCAGGCAGAUGGGAACUCUGCACUUGAUGUGUUGACAUCAUCAGCAGACUUUGGUAGGAAUGUCAUUCUGACAGAACAGCAGCAGGUUCUGCUGAGUGGAAUGCUUGUGCCUGGAGUCACAGCAAACCAAGCAAUUCAGAUAAACAUGUCACAUGAUGCUAAUACAUGUAUUGAUGUGAAUGAAAUUGCCCAGGACAAUCAGGUUUGAAAGUGAAACUCCUCUGUGUAAAAACCACUCCUUUAUUGAACAAUUAACUCACACUACAUCUUUCUGAGCCACUUUUAAGGAUUUGAUGUAGAUCCCCUGUUGAUAAGAUUUACUUGUAAUGACUAAGUGGGGAACUGGAAGGGAAAUUGAAAGUAUUUAACCCUUUCACUCCCACAAGUGACCAAGACAGAAUUUCUCCUUACAAUAUCAAUACAAUAUCAAGCAGGCAGAUGAUGAGAAUAGAGAAGAAUAUCAAUCAUGGGAUUAUUAGUUGAUCCAAUACCAAAUUCUCUGAACUAACAUCAUAAGAAUUGUAUGGCAGAUAGUAAGGAGAAUUACUAAUUAGAUCUUGGGAGUGAAAGGGUUAGUAUAGACCUUGCUGUGCUCAGUCUGUAUGUCAUGACAAGCACAAAAUAUUCUCCUGUUAAGCCUGACCUUACUCAGUCUAUAAACUUUUAUCAUAUGACUGCCAUUCUUUCUCGUUCUCCCUUUUUUUUUAUGUAUUUUGCAACUUGCAGGUCUGAACUUAGGGCUGUGUGGUUGUUUACAGUGCCACCUGCACUAUUACAUACAACACUUGCAAUGGGAUUUUUUCCAUGUUUUUUUUUUCUACAAAGCAUGUAAGGUGUCAUGUGGUUGACAGAAUAAGUUUUUAUUAACUGUCAUUACUAGUGGGUGACCAAAACAGAAAUGCAUAGCAGACAGGGGAGAAAAUUGAUGUUCAGACAAAGGGAGUAAGAAGGUUAUACCCAUCAGAAGAAUUUGAAUACUUAUCAGUUUUUUUUUCUCUUUGUUGUCAAUAGGAGGAUGAGUGUGUUGAUGGGAAGGGGCACCUUUGUCCUCAUCCUGGCUGUAAUAAAGUCUGUGCCAAAGCUUACAAACUGAAGCUGCAUAUGCUGUCGCAUACAGGGGAAAGGCCUUACAAGGUACAAUAAACAUUAGUCUGUUUUAGUUUCUGGUCCAGCUUGCUUAUGAGUACUAGGGUGCUGCUUGGUACAUAACUCUCUAACACUUGAACUCCCAUGUGAGUGACCAAGACAGAAUUUCUCCGUACAAUUUCAAUAUUAUAUCAAGCAGACAGUUGAUGAGAGUAAAACAAAAACCAAUUAGAGGAUUGUAAGAUGAUCCAAUAGCAAAUUCUCCAAAGUAAAAACAUGAGAUUUGUAUGGAGACAGUAAGGAGAAUUACUUAUGAGAUCUUAAGAGUGAAAGGGUUAAGAUAGGACAUUAGACCAGCGCACAAUCCAAAUGAUCCUAGCCUAGUUAGGGUCAAGUCAGAGCCUUUUAAUCUAGACUCAAACAAAUACACCAUUAGGUAGAUGCAUGCCUUAUUUCAGAUAAAAAUUGGCUUGAAUCUCAUGUCAGACUCCAAUCUCUUUAUUCCACACUUGACUUAUUCCACACUAACAUGAAUUGCUAUUUUUUAAAUGAAUUGUACUAGCAAUGUAAGUACAUACACAUACAUGCACAUGCUACGUUGAAUAUUAUUUGUAGUUUUAAUUUAUUGGUUAAUUUUGCCAUUUUAGUGUCCUCAUGAAGGAUGUGAGUGGGCAUUUACCACAGCAUACAAAUUAAAAAGGCAUGCCAGAGGCCAUACUGGAGAAAAACCUUUCCUGGUAAGACUGGUGAAAGACAAUUUUUUUUUUGUCGUUAUUCCGUGAAAGUUUUUGAAAUGUCACUCUUUGAAAAUUUGUAAUUAUUUCAUCAGAUAACCCUAAAAUGUUUCACACUAACAGAGACGAAAUGUUGCUGAACUAGAAAAUUUUCGAACAAAGAGCAGAAAACAAAACAGCAGUCUUGUUUCAAUUACAAAGCAGACAGCUGCAUCCCUGUAGCAACUACCAGUACAGGUUUAUUAACUGCAUCCCUGUAGCAAUUACCAGUAAAGGUUCAUUAACAUCAUGACAGCAGCUGACCUGUAUCAUUGGCUCUCUCACUCAAGUCACCUACUGCGGUAGCUUGCCAUAAAUCUGUUCAUAAUAUUUCUCAUAACUUGGCAUAAUUUUUGUUUCUAUGUUACAGUGUACUCAUGAAGGAUGUGGAAAAUGCUUUACCACUGCUUACAACUUAAAAACACAUAUGAGGGCGCACUGCAGGACAGACACAUUCAUGUGUGGUUUUGAAGGAUGUGAAAAGACGUUUCCAACGGAGCAUAAGUUAAAAGUACAUGAAAGGAAACAUGCCGCCGAAUACAAACCUUACAGGUGUGAGGUGGAAUCAUGUGGCAAGAUGUUCGCUGCUUUUAGUGCUUUGACCUCACACAUGAGAAUUCACACAGGCGAAAAAUCUCAUGGAUGUCCUGUAGAGGGAUGCGAGAAAAGAUUUACUAAAGCAUCCAAGUUAAAGUUACACUUGAGGUCACACACAGGAGAGAGACCCUUUCCUUGUGAAGUUCAGGUACAGUUUACCUCUCUUGUUGUUCGAAGGUUGGAUAAUGCUAUCUACUGGAUAAAUCUCUAUCCAUUGGGUAGAGCAUUACGCUUUGCUAUGUCUUAUCUGGUGGAUAGCAAUUUAUCUAUUGGACACAUAGCGUUUUCUGUCCUUGAUACAACUGGGCCCAGUGCUCCUCUUUUUCUCCACAGUUCUAGAUAAUUUUGAGCCAAGUUUGAUCCCAAUGCACUGACUGUUAGUGGACCACACGCACACUAGAUAUCCAACACAAUUUUUUUUUUAAUUUAUCCCUUUAUCUCUAAAGGGUUGUGGCUGGUCAUUCACAAGUGCCUACAAACUCAAGAGACAUAUGCGCAAACAUACUGGGGAGAGACCUUUUGUGUGCAAUUAUGAAGGAUGUGGUAAAUCUUUCACAAGAUCAAGUCAUCUGAAGACUCACAAGCUUGUUCAUACAGGAGAAAAACCUUACAUUUGCCCGUUUGAUGGUAGGAAACGUUUCAAUGAAUUAUUAAGAGGGAUAGAGAUAGGCCAAGAAAUGGCACUCUGACUUUAGGCUGCAUCCCUAUGCGAGGUCUUGAGACAGUGUGUCUCAGCGUAUAUAAUUUUACCAUGGAUAUCCCGCUUUGUAUGGAAUCUUAUAUGGUAAAGGGCUAACGCUAAAAGAAUCAAUUUUAGAAACUCUUUACGGUGGCUAAGUUGCAUUAUCAACUCGUUCGAUAACCAGAUUAUCUUGUCAUUAUCUUGAUUAUCUUGUUGGCAUUGGUAUUGUUGUUCAACAAAUAUCAUGUCUGAUCCACAAUGAGUACACGCUGUGUUCAACCGACAUUCACCUUAACGUUCAUUUCAUAUUUAUCUAUUUAUUUUAAUUUUUUGUUCCGUUUAAAGGAUGCAGCAAGGCGUUCACAGCUAGCAGCAGCCUGAAUGUGCAUAUUUGUAAGCACACUGGCCAAAAGCCAUUCAAAUGUAACACAGAAGGCUGCAGUAAGACAUACACAACGGCUGCUAACUUAAGAGCGCACCAGAAACGGCAUGGAAACAAGGCACUAAGAGGUAGGGUGAUGAGCUUUCUUGCCAAGAAAAAACGUAAACGGGUAACGUAAAAAUGGACGUUCGCAAACUGGGAGGAAUUACAGGCAGGUUGGGAUCUUUUUAACGGAAAGCCUCAGCUUAAAACAUCUUCGACUUCUAAAUAUUAUUUUAUUUGAAUACAAACACGAAAGAGGAGAUAAUGAACCAACUAGGAACAAAGAUGACAACGGGUGGGUGGAAAAAAAAAACAAGUGACAAACUUAAAAAAUCAAAAUAUGAUACUCUUUAAUAGAUGAGCAUAUUUCCAACUUCAGCAAUUUCUCUAUCAUGGAUAUUCCUUAAGGUGAUUCCUCAGAAAAAAAAUUAUCGCACAGUUUUUUUUAAAACUUUUAAACUUUCCUUAAAUGUUACCUAACAAUGUCUGUUUCGAAAAAUACAAUAAAAAGAUAGAUCACCGUGCAUGUUUAAGAGAUAUAUUGGGCCAAACUUACCCCAUUUAUACCUGUAAUCACGCGCGUCAUUUCAUCGCUUAACGAUACGUUUUGCUCCAGCUGGAAGCAAGGGUUUUUAAAGUAGCACUCGAAAAAGACUUGAUAGGUAGAAAGUCUCGAGGGUAUGGAACAAUUUGAUAUAUAAUUUGUGGGAAAAUUACGCAAAUUUAAACGACAUGCAUGUUAUACAUCCUUUGAAGGAAGCAUAACGCAAUAUUUCACUUCCCACAGUCAGGUUAUCUUUUGGAAAAAGGUGAUACAGCGUUCUUCUUGGAACUAACUUAAACAGUAAUGAUUAUUCGCAAAUAAAAUCAAAAUGAUUUCAAUGAUAAUACUUUUUAAAGACGUAUUUUGGCAUGACUCGUGCCAUCGUCAGGUUAUUGUGGCAUUAGUCAUGCCGAAACAGUUUGUCUUUUAAAAGUAUUAUCGUGAGUUUGAAAUUUAAUGCGAUUUUCACAAAGUUACGGAAGUAUCUGCAAGACUUUUCCAAAAUGUCAGAUAGCAGGCACCCAAAACCUUUUUUUUCUGCAAAGUGAACUUAUCUAGGUUAACAAUCACUAUUCACUUAACUUUUCUUCAGCUCUCUUUUUCUCUUCUCAGUUGUUUUUUAUCUUCCCUUCUCUGGAAACGAGGGAAAACAGAUCCAUAGAACUAGUUUCCUAUCUGCUACGCCAUCUUUGUGGUCUCCUUUGAAUGGAUUUUCCUCCUUCUCAAACUUGUAUGUUGUUAUUACCUUGCAGUUGAUUUCACAGACUCGUCUCAGGGUGCUUUGGCAGCUGAUCUCAGUGCAGUUAGCUGUGGAAGCAUUUCGAGUGAAACCGAACCAGAAGUCUUGUAUACUACAAUCGGCGCUUUUCAUUCAAGUAAUUUUAGCUUAGAGGAUGCCACGAGACUUUCAUCUGUAGGUGUCCAUUUACCAUCGAGCGCCCUGUGUGCCCUGGUUACUUCCACAGGGCACCCACUCGUCUCACCUACCACCGAAGUAGUCCUGGAAACUGAGAAGAAGCAUGCAGAUGACGGAGAGAUAAAAACAAUUUCAGGAAUCCAAGUACCCGUUCAACAAGAGCAGUUUGUUACUGAGGGUUUAGAGAGCACCUCCAAGAUAGAUGUGUCUGAGUUUGUGGGAAGAAGCACAAAUGAUGAUCAAGACUCUAUUUCUCAUCAUCCUGUCCAAGCAAGAGCUGAAAUGAUUGGAGGAACAGUUUUGGAAGGAAACAAGCUCACUGGCGGGUUUGACUUGUGUAUAACCAGCAUGAUGAGUCAUAUAACGAGUGAGGCAGGUCAGGAAGGAUCAGGAACUACCACAAAAACUUUACAUGCUAGUGCCUCAAGUAAAAGAUCGCGAAGUCUUGAUUUCAGAGAUGUGCACCCGGAGGACCAGUUUGCCCCACCUGCUGUUAUAUUUCAGGUUAGUUAUCUUUUCUCGCCGUUCUUUAUAAAGCACUUUUCGAUUGAGUGUCGUAAAACCAGAACCAAAGUGAUCACAACGGCCAGUCAGAAUAAAAAAUUAUAUAACCAGAGCCAAGUUCGAGCUUGAAGUGAAAACAUGUAAAUUUCUUGAAGCGCGGGAAAACGCCAAUGAUAAAGUCGGGAUUCUUUUUAGUUUUGCAUUGGUGGAGAGGGUUGCACGUAUUUUGUGAACCAAUCACAGGGAAAAGUAAAGCAAACCAAAGCAAUUCCAAAUCCAUUUCGACGCUCAUUUGAAAACUUGCCCCAUUUCUGAGUAUGAUUGAUGUAGCUCGAAAGGUUUCCGGAUUUCUAUUCUCGAAUAAACGUGCGGAACGCUUCGAGGAAUUUUGGACAGAAGAAUUUUGUAACACCCAGGUACUAAUAUCAACCACUCUCAAUUGUGUUCAAUUUUGUUUUUAUUUAUUUUACUUUUGUUAUUUAUUUAUUUAUUUUUCAUUCUCAUUGAGAAUACAAUAAGCAAUCAUAGGAUGAGGUUGCGCAGGAUAUCGUAAAUUAUAAAAACCGAGGUCUGAGUUAUCUGCCGAAGCAAAUAGCUGUCCAUUCGUAGAAUGGAAUUUUCCAUGGCGGAACUUAGAAUGUUUUCCUUUCGGUUAGAAGUCAAUACGGACAUCCGAUGAUAGAACAAUGUAUUCCUCAUUGCUUGGUUUCUUUCUUUAGGAUGAAGUCAAGUCUUCAGACACCGAGAAUGAAGCUGAGGUAUUGGUGGCCCAAAUCCAACGAUCCCCGGAGGGUGUUUCCACAGUACGACUCCCUAAGGAGUCGCUGCAGAUCAAUUUACCCCAGGGGUUAAUAACUGACCCGGCGGCGGUAACUAUGGUUCAUAUGUCUGGUACAGAACACAUGGAGGUAGACGGCAAUGAUACCACAGGUCAUGUAACAGCACACGAUGUGUCCUCGGAUAUUUCUCUAGUACCCAUUUCUUCUCUCACAGAUGUAGCUGAUGAAAGAAGAAGUCUUGGAAAAGGGGACCUGUCCCCUUAUUUGGACAACCACAGCUCGUCAGAACAAGAUGAAGGCAACGGUGAUACUUACCCAGAAAGUACAAUUAACUUACAAGAUCUGCGUUGA